AUGUUCAGUUUUUUUCUUCUGAUUUUCAUGGAAAUGGAAACAUUUUUGUUUGUAAGCAUUCGGAGCCCUCUGUUUUGUGGGAGAAAGGAGCUCAGUGUUUGAUUUCAGGCUCUGCUGCUUCCUGGGUACCUAGUUCCUUGGUCCAAGCAGCCUGGAUGCUCCAGGUCCCUGGGCUGCCUGGGCCAGGACAGCCACCCCAGGAGAAAUGGAAAUGCAGCCCCUGCGGCUUGUUGGCCCGCCUGUAAUGCCUUCUCUCUCACACUUUGCUCAGGGCCUGGUGUCUUUGCAUGCACCAGGGCUUAGUGCCAUGCUGGUGCCGGCGUGGGGAGGAUGCAGGAGGACUGGCAUGGGACGGGAAGCACCACCUACUGGGGUGCUGAGAAAGUACCCUAAUAACUCACACCACACUUUGCUUUCUCCUUCAUCACAUGAUAGGAUGUUCUAGGGCAAUUGAGCUGUUUUCCCCUUCACCCAUCAAGAAGAGAUAUCGGCCUUUCCCCAGUCACAAUCUUUCCUAACUCAAUUCAGACCCUGCUGUUGAUAAAGAGGGCUGUGGCCAGCCCAGGCUACCCACUUCCCAGCCUCCCCUGCUCCGCCUUCCGCCCCCGAGGCUGUGCACCAUGUGCAGUGUCUGGUCCCCAAUAAUGAGAUUAGUCCUGGUCGCCUUUUAAUAAAAAACAGUGGGUGUGGGGAGGGAGAGUGAUGCUUGGCUCAGUGAAGCUUUGUGGGCCAUGCUGUCCUUAAUGUGCUUAUUCCAUUAAGUGGAGUCUGGCUACAGGUGGGGUGAGUGGGUGGGGACAAGGGUGACUCUCACAGCUCUAAGCUCCAGAAACUGCCAGAGAUCUAUCACUCUCAUCCUGAGCUCUCACAGAGGAAGGCAAGUGACUGUGUGAGGGGCUACAUGAGCCCCCUCUGGUUGCAGAGUUCUGGUCUGCAGGGCAGCGGAGCCCUUGGGGGUGGAGAGUGGCAACUUCCAGGCCUUGAAGCUGCUGCCCACAGUUCUGCUCUGAGAACACAGAGGGCCCAAGAACAGCCAGUGUCCCAGGGCUGCCCAGUGAGGAGGGAAGGGUGAGAGUAUUCUUGCUGUCAAGACUGGGAAAUGAGAGCCACGAUUCAAAGGCUUGCUUCCUAGGGAGUAAAUCUCACCCGAUGUCCAGGUGUGCAAAUGCAGCAGACACAUUUGUGGGUGGGUCAGAUUCUGUCCAGAGAUAUCAGAAUGUCUAUUCCUGUACACCCCCACCUCUGGCAUGGGACACAGCCCUUCCCUGCACACAAAUGGGUUGUCAAUUACGUCCAAUGAAUGGCCUCCCGAGAGCCCUGUUAGGGAAGGGAUUAUCUGCUCAUCUCCUGUAAAGCACAGAGCCACACUCAGAACCUAUGGACCGCGAUGCCUGCAGGCCAGCCACGGGCUUUCCCGUCAUCCUCACACUUAGACUUUGAAGCCUCGCCUUUGAAUCGGAAGCAGGCCUCUGUCAUUCCAGAGGCCCCUGUUCAUCUCUGGCUUCCUUCCAGAUGACCAGGGGCCCCGGGUCCCUGGGCUGCCUGGGCCAGGACAGCCGCCUUAAGGAGCAAACGGAAAUGCAGCUUCCGUGGCUUGUUUGCCUUCCUGUAACCCCUUCCCUCUCACCUUUGGUCAGGGCCUGCUGUCUUGCACGCACCAGUGCUUAGUGCCAUGGUGAAACCGAGGCGGGGAGGACGCAGGAGGACUGGCACAGGAGGGGGGGCACCGCCCCGGGAGCUUCCCCUGCGUCAAAGCAGCUUCCUCAGUGAGCUCCAACACAGAUCCUUGCUGACUUCAGUCUGGAAAGCCUGACAGUGCCACCCUAGUUCCUGGGCCUUGGAAAGGCCAAAGCCACGAGCAGGCAGCCACUGUUUCACAGGAGAGCUAGAGACGCUGUUGCCCACAGACAUCAAAGCAGGGGUGCCGUCUUCCGUGUGCACAUUGGCACGGGUCUUGGAGGCCCAGAUUAGCUCCUGGCUUGAACUUAUAUCACCCUUACCUGAAAAUCUGCGUCUGCACCGCUCAUCUGCACGCCCCUUGAGGGCAGGGACCAGGCCCCCUCUGUGUGGCCCCAGCACUUGGCCGAGUGCAGGCGCGUGGUGGGUCGAGUUGAGCUGCUAUUUGCCGAUGGGAAUUUGGGGGCAUGUCGCUUGUCCUCGUUGAGCCUCCAUUUCCUGGCCUGUCAAACUGGGGCAAUGCUCCUGUUAUCCACACAGUGUCAUUUAAGGGUGACAUGAGAGAUGGCAUGAAGUACCCAGCAUAGGGCAGGUGCUUACAGGCUGUGGGGUCCCCACCCUACUGACACACCAAGCACACGUCUGCCCUGCCAUGAUGGGGAGCAAACAACUUUAGGGUUCCAACUCCCCGGGAGGCCAGGCCGGGCAUUUCACCGUAGGAUGUUGAAGCCGCAGGCAGUCGGCACUGCGAGAAGAGAGCCUGGCUCUGAGGUCCGCUGUCUCCUGGGCAGCCUGGUGGGAAGGAAGGAGUUGGCAGCGGCCCCUCACUCUGCCGGCCUCUCCUGCCCUUUGUACUCCACGAGGCGCGAGGAAGUUGCCAGGUCUCCCAGCAGAGGGAGGGGUGGUGUCCCCUCUGUUCUUCCUAAUUUGUUGCUAAUCAGAUUCUGCUUGCAGCCGGGCUCUCUGGGGAUGAAUCUAAUAAAGGAGGCGGCGACCUGGAGAGGACAGACGACAAGUGACCGGGGGGGACAGCACUUCUUUUAGUACAUUUUCCUGUUAGACUCAGAGUAUUAGAGACCCAAGGAUUCCCAAGGAGGAUCGAGAGCGUCCCUGCCUUUGAGGAGCAGACAGGACACUGCCAGGGUGCUGAUUAUAGGUGUGAGCCACCGCGCCUGGCCCACACACCCCCUCCCCUUUAAUGGUGGAGUUGCCAACAGUUGUCUGAUGUGGUGAGAGAACUGGAGAGCAGAGAAGGAGCCCAUCCCUGGGAGGGACUGAAAACCAGCUCCUGGGCACUGCAGGGCAGAGCGUGUGCCGGCGUUUGCCUCAGCAUGGAGGGCGGGGCCGCGGCAUCCACCCCCGCAGCGCUGCCUUACUACGUGGCCUUCUCCCAGCUGCUGGGCCUGACCUUGGUGGCCAUGACUGGCGCUUGGCUCGGGCUGUACCGAGGCGGCAUUGCCUGGGAGAGCGACCUGCAGUUCAACGCGCACCCCCUCUGCAUGGUCAUAGGCCUCGUCUUCCUGCAGGGAGAUGCCCUACUGGUUUACCGUGUCUUCAGAAAUGAAGCCAAACGCACCACCAAGGUCCUGCAUGGGCUGCUGCACGUCUUUGCGCUCGUCAUCGCCCUGGUUGGCUUGGUCGCAGUGUUCGACUACCACAGGAAGAAGGGCUACGCGGACCUGUACAGCCUGCACAGCUGGUGCGGGAUCCUUGUCUUUGUCCUGUACUUUGUGCAGUGGCUGGUGGGCUUCAGCUUCUUCCUGUUCCCCGGAGCUCCGUUCUCCCUGCGGAGCCGCUACCGGCCACAGCACAUCUUCUUUGGUGCCACCAUCUUUCUGCUUUCCGUGGGCACUGCCCUGCUGGGCCUGAAGGAGGCACUGCUGUUCAACCUCGGGGACAAGUACAGUGCGUUUGAGCCCGAGGGCGUCCUGGCCAAUGUGCUGGGCCUGCUGCUGGCCUGCUUCGGUGGGGCGGUGCUCUAUAUCUUGACUCGGGCUGACUGGAAGCGGCCUUCCCAGGCUGAAGAGCAGGCCCUCUCCAUGGACUUCAAGACGCUGACGGAGGGAGACAGCCCCGGCUCCCAGUGAUGCACUGGGCCGGCCCUGGGGGUUCACGGGGUGUCUUCUUGCCCACUCCUGCUAAGGCAUCUUCAGGAUUGCAGGCUCCAGAGAGUGGCUCUGGCAGCAGGCGGGUGGGUGGGCGCAGCUGCGUCUAUUUGAGUGCUGCUUUCUGGGGUCAGGUCUCUGCCUCCUCUGCUUCUCCUUUCUCUGCUGCUAUAGACCAGUUCAUUGUGUGUAGCUCCCGUGUCUCUGUUGCCCCCUUCAGUGCAGAAGGCUUUGGGUGGGACUUCGGGUGGUCAGUCCUGGUCUCAGAGCACAGGUCUUUAAAGAAGCGAGACAAGAGGACCCACCCUCCCGGCAGCAGAUGCCUGGGGCAAGGCCAGGGGAAACUGGGGGGGCCUCAGGGACAGGCCUGGAAAGGCCACGAUGGCUGCUGAAUUCAAACAAAGAGUCCCUCCAGCCCAAAUAACACGUGGCACGAAUGGGCCCAGCCUUUGGCAGAGGAGCAAGUGAUAUGAUGUGUAAAGUAUGUUGGUGGUGAGAGCAAGGUUCCCCAGGAGAGGGGAGGGACUGGCCCCUGGGAAGCUCUGAGUGAGGCUGUGGCCCAGCUAUAGUCCUGACCUUCCUCUUCUUUAACCCUCUAGCCCUAGGACGGCUUUGGUGGAGAGGGGAUAGAAGCCCAUGACUUCAGACAGACUUUCUCCUGGCAGAUGGAGGCAGGCCUUCUCCCGGGCUGCUCCAGACAUGGGAGUUGGGAAUAGGGGGCACCUUGCAGCGCCUUCCUGCUGGGGCUCCCUCCUUGCAGCACCCCCCUUGCAGCUCAGCUCUGGUUUCCUUUCCCAGGCUCACCCAGGCUCUGCUCAGGCUGGGAGGCAGAGAGCACAAACCGUAGAAUUUUUUAAAUGAAAAACCGCUGCUUCUGGCUGUGGCUGGGGCCCCUGGGGCUGCUGGAGCUGCUGCCUCUGUUCUGGAGGACAAGGCUUCUCCUUCUUCCCUGGUGCCCGUCUCUCCAGGAAGUCAGGACUGAGGCAGAACCAGGUCAUCCCCUGUGGCGUCUGCACAUCACUGUAGCCAUAUAGAGUGUCAUGUUAGCUGAGCCACCAUUUGGCUUUGGCCCGGAAAUAGUGUGAGUAAAACAUUGAUCAAGACCAUCCUGACGAAGACAGUGAAACCCCAUCUCUACUAAAAAUGCAAAAAAUUACUUGGGCAUGGUGACGGGCGCCUGUAGUCCCAGCUACUUGGGAGGCUGAGGCAGGAGAAGGGCGUGAACCCGGGAAGUGGAACUUGCAGUGAGCCGAGAUCAUACCAUUGCACUCCAGCCUGGGCGACAGGCUCAAAAAAAAAAAAAAAAAAAAAAAAAAAAGAACAUUGAUCAUGUGCUUCUUGGAUCUGGUGACUUGGUGACUGUUCUCUCCCUGUUUUCCUUGUUUUUGGGGGUUUGAGGAGCAUGACUUAGCUUGACACAGACACAGUGUACUUCAGUGAAGAACUUAAUACAAUUUCCAAACCUGAUGACCUUAGAGAAAGGGGCCAGUGUUCUCUAAUGCUCGCGUUUCCCUUAGUUGGCUUUUGCUGUGGCUCCUGCCUCAGGCAAUGUCAUUUCUGAGAGCAGGUGGUUGUAGUCCAGGCCCCUCCCCAGCAGGGGCUGCCCAGGCUCCUUCCAGCCCCUUUCCCCACCUCCUCUCAGCCUGCCUGGAUGACAGUGUUCGCCUCCUGUUUAGACUGUACACUCUUCAGGGGCAGGGGCACCGUCAGUUCUUUCAUGAGCUGGCACGCACAUGUAUAGUGAAAUGUUUACGUUCGGGAAGACUCCGCCUUAGACAAACUACCAAAGUACAAUCGUGUCUCUCCCUAGCCAGAAUGCUACAGAGAGAAAUGGAACCUCAGAUUAGCAACAAAAGUCUGUAAACUGGUCUGUUUGCCAAAGUGAACACUGGAUGACUAAGGAACCGAAGAAGGCCCCCAGAAGCAGAUUUGUGGUGGGUUAUUUUAUUUUGCCUGUGGCCAAUCUUCUGUGAAAUACAAUGUGCUGUUGGUGCAACAGAUGAUUCAAUAAAUGUCUACAGCAGA